CGCCCCUGGCCCGCCGCGGGACGAGUUAACGGUUACGAAGCACUUUCUCGGGUGCGGUUUCUGCUUAGUCAUUGUCUUCCAGGAAACAGCUCCCUCUUUUCAGCGGCGGCUGGAGUGGUGGCCUCAAAAACCGCAGCGACCGUCCGCGCCGGCGCCUCCCUCCGGGACCGCCUCUCCGUCGUCGCCCGGCCUCCUCCGGCCCGAGCGCACACCGGGCUGUGGCCGCGCGGAGUCGGCAGCCUCGCGCUCGCUUCUGGGGCCUGGGGACACCGCCGCGCCCUGCGAGGCAGCCGUCUUCCCGCCUGCCCUCCCUCCGCGGCUCCGGCGCUGCCCGGUCCCCUCGGGCGGCAGCUGCCAUGGGCACCGACAGCCGCGCGGCCGGAGCACUUCUGGCGCGGGCCAGCACCCUGCACCUGCAGACCGGGAACCUGCUCAACUGGGGCCGCCUGCGGAAAAAGUGUCCGUCCACGCACAGCGAGGAGCUUCGAGACUGUAUCCAAAAGACCUUGAAUGAAUGGAGCUCCCAAAUCAGCCCUGAUUUGGUCAGGGAGUUUCCAGAUGUUUUGGAAUGUACCAUGUCCCAUGCAGUGGAGAAGAUAAACCCUGAUGAAAGAGAAGAAAUGAAAGUUUCUGCUAAACUGUUCAUUGUAGGAUCGAAUUCUUCAUCAUCAACUAGAAAUGCAGUUGACAUGGCAUGCUCAGUCCUUGGAGUUGCACAGCUGGACUCUGUCAUCAUGGCUUCCCCUCCGAUUGAAGAUGGAGUUAAUCUUUCCUUGGAGCAUUUGCAGCCUUACUGGGAGGAAUUAGAAAACUUAGUUCAGAGCAAGAAGAUUGUUGCUAUAGGCACCUCGGAUCUAGACAAAACACAGUUGGAGCAGCUGUACCAGUGGGCACAGGUAAAACCCAAUAGUAAUCAAGUUAAUCUUGCCUCUUGCUGUGUGAUGCCACCAGAUUUGACUGCAUUUGCUAAACAGUUUGACAUACAGCUACUGACUCACAAUGACCCAAAAGAACUGCUGUCUGAGGCAAGUUUCCAGGAAGCUCUUCAAGAAAGCAUCCCUGACAUUGAAGCCCAGGAGUGGGUGCCACUGUGGCUGCUGAGGUACUCGGUCAUCGUGAAAAGCAGAGGAAUCAUCAAGUCAAAAGGAUACAUUUUGCAAGCCAAAAGAAAGGGUUCUUAACUACGGCUCAAGCUCACAACUCAGGGGCCUUGUAUUUAUCUGGAACAUAAGAUAAAAAUUCAUGAUAAAAUUGAAAUGUGUAAAAAAAAAAUCUAGCUCUCGCCUACAAAAAGCAUCACUGAGGCGUGAAUGUGGUGGUUUGGCAAUGUGUUGAGUUUGAGUACCUCCCUGGCCUCUGCAGCAGCGCACUCACAGGAAGCAUUGUAUUCUCUUCAUUAAACUCUUGGUUUCUAACUGAAAUCGUCUAUAAAGAAAAAUACUUGCAAUAUAUUUCCUUUAUUUUUAUGAGUAAUAGAAAUCAAGAAAAUUUGUUUUAAGAUAUAUUUUGGCUUAGGCAUCAGGGUGAUGUAUAUACAUAUUUUUUAUUUCUAAAAUUCAUUAACUGCUUCUUACUCUAUACUUCUAUAACUAAGCAAUUACAUUACAGUUGUUAAGACAUACUGGAAGAGAUUUUUUUCCUGUCGUUGACAAAAUAAUCUAUCUCAGAGUAACUAUAGCAGUCUACUAGUAAUGUAAAUAAAAUUGAUUCUUUGAUCCAUGAAUGGAAAUUUAAUCUGUGUGUUCUUGCUUGUAGCAUAGCUAUGCACUGGCCAUGUGCUCUGGUCAUGUUUGUUCCACCUCUUGCCUACAAAGGCAGAGUGUAUCUGAGAAGGAGCUGCUGCUUUAACAUCAUUGUUGGCAGUGUCUAACAGCAGCUACUGCUCUUCCCUUCAGACCUGGACCUCUCUGUGCACUCUCAGUGUUGCUGCUCGCUCAAGAAGAUUCACCACGUUGAUUGGACUCACACCACAUGCUUAGCACUGUGGGCUCUAGAGAGACGAAUUAAGAAUCAGACAAGUAAAACUUUUGAUGGUCUGCCUAUCAGUUACUGACAAGAGGGGAUACAGCCAGGAAAGGCUGAAGGGGGGAAGAAUCAUUUAGUUUUAAUGUCACAUUAAAAAUCAGAAAAUUGCAAAGAGGCUAUGAUCCAUACAUGUAGCACACUGAAUGGUUCAAAUCUAUACAUGUGUGUCUAUAACUCAGUUUCCAUUUUUCUUUAAAAGCUAUCUUGUAUGCCAGUAUUUUUAAAUCAUGGACCUUUGUAAAACUAAUUUUGCUCAGAAAUUUCAACUUAGAGAAAAGAACUAGAGUUCUAUGUUAAACCAGUACAGUAGAUCUUUUUCCUAAGUGAGACUUUGUGGUUACUGACUGGAUGGUAUUCUCAAUUAGAAGUACAUGAAAUCAACUGAUUUGCCUACUAAAACUUACAGAAUUUGACCUAAAAGCCUAUAAUUAUAUUGAUUGUAUAUAAUGCUAGAUAUAUAGGUAACUGUUAAAUUUGGCAAUGUUUUCAUAUAGCAUAUACUUUAAAUAUAUGUUGUAUUUAAAAUCUGUGCAGUGAGGUGUCUAAGCUGCUCUGAAGGAGAGCUUUAAUAUCUCCAUUGUUUUUAAAACACAGGACACACACACACACACACACACACAAACGUUUUUGAAGGGUUAUUUUAAGGAUGUGAGAAACAAAAACAAAGCCUCCCCUUGCUGAUGCAUCCAGGUGUUUGUGAACAUCUUCAAAUCUCAACGGGAAGGAAGCCCAGUUAUGGAUGCGAAGGGAUCUUGCACAGAAGAAAUUUUAAAGCGAUUUUAUUGUCGUUUUACUCCAAAUCCUUACAUUAUUGGAUAACCUUUAAAAAUGAGUCUUUUCGGGGCUGAAGAGAUGGCUCAGUGGUUAAGAGCGUUUGCUGCUCUUGCAGAGGGUCUGGGUUCAGAUGCUAGCACCAACAUAGACUCAUAAACAUCUGUACCUCCAGUUCUAGGGGAUCCAGUGUUGUCUUUGACCUAGUGGUACCAGUCACGUACACACUACACAUAAAUACACACAGGCAAAAUACACACACACACUCUCUUCUACAUAUCUAUAUCGUUAUCUCCAUCCAUCCAUCUAUAUCUUUCAAAAAUAUUCCCUGAAUAACUGCUUUAAAAUAAAAGCUAAGUUAUCAGUGCUGUAUAUGAAAGAUAUAUUUGAAUGCAGUGACCCAAAGUAGAAAGACUUUGUGGAUAAUUUCUAAGUAAACAUUUAAAAAGGUUUUAAAUAUCAUUCCCAAAACUGAGUGGCCCCUUACUCAGCAGCACUCUGUGACUUGGGAUUCAUUCCUCAUGUUUACCUUAAAUUCUACCAAAGAAACUGUAGACAUCAGGACCAAGGUCUCUUACAAGCUAGAUUCACGUGCUGUAGUCUGAAGACCUUUUUUGUUUGUUUGAGACAGGGUUUUUAUGUGGUCCUGGUUGUCCUGGAGCUUGCUGUAUAGACCAGGCUGGCCUCAAAUAGAGACUUGCCUGCUUCUGCCUUUCUAGUGCUGGGAUUAAAGGUGUGUGCUCUCACACCCUGCCCCUGUUGAGCAUACUGAUGGCAGAACUCUGAUACAGCAUCCAUUUAAGGACGACCAGCGCGAGAACGUGAAUAGAACUAGCUAAUAGAUGUUGAGUCCUGAAAAAUGCUCAUCUGGACAUGUCAGUUUAUGCUUUCGUUUGGUUGUCAAUGAUGGGAACGUCUAGGACCUGAAGUACCACAUUAAAUUUGAACUAUUUGAAAUUAGACAGUACAAUUUAGAAAUAAAUUAAGAAAUUAUUCCUAAAAAUAUAUAAAUGUAAAGUGAAAACUGAAGUUCUUCUGUAUUGCAUAGUGGUUCAGAUUCUCUGUGCAAACCAUAAAGCUAUUUUGUCUACUUUGCAUGAAUACUUCAGACUUGUAUUUCAGAGCCAAGCAGUAACUAAAAUGUGGACCUUGCUUUUCAGAGAUAAGAGUUCUUAAUUAUAUGUCUUUAAGUGUUUCCUUCUAGGCUUCCCACCAAGUGUUUUGAUCUUUGAAAAGUAAGCAACUGAUCACUGAUGUAUAUUGGCUGGCAAUUCAUCCUUCUGCCAAAUGUACAUAUGGAGAACUGUGAAGUUUUCUAAGGAAUUUAAAUCACUUGUCACUUUGUGUUCUUAUUCGCAAAUACACCAGCUUUUGACUCUAAACCUAUUUUUCCAACACUAAUUUUCCAGUGCUUCAAAAUAACUCUCUCUUUUCAACAUAAAAUUGAUGAAAGGAUAUGAAGGAGUUUGAUUUUUCAAAAAUAUGUAACAGUAUUUUUAUAGUUUUCAGAUUGAGGGAAGCAGAAAAUGGACAUAAUUAAUUAUUCUUAUGUGUCUAUAGUAGAAUACUAAAGCAAAAUAUAAGGCAUUGUUAAAGAUAAUUUUUAUUUUGCUUAUAUUACUUAAAAUGUGAGUUGUAUGUUUUUAAUUUGGGUUGUUUGAAUAAUGGGAACAUCUAAAAGCCUCACAGUGAUUCUGAACCAUUUAAAAUCAAACACAAUGAUCUGAAAAUAAAUGAGUUAUUUGAAAAAUA